UUUCCUAAGAGCUAGUCAAAAUGGAUGCAUCAGAUGAUAGGGAUGUCAAAUUACAACGCGCUUCUGCGGAUCUGCUCUCAGACAUUGAACGUCGGCUGCCCAAGCUGCUCCGAAAAGAUGGUUCCGUCAGACAAUAUGUCAGACAUGGCAGCUUGCAGAAGCUCAUAGAUUUGCUCGAGCCCUUUCAAGAAAUGCCACAGCUGCUUGAUCCGAAAUUAGCUACUUUUGUCCCCGUGAUUGUGGAUGCAUUUGUGGAUUUUCUAAUCCUCCACAAAGGCUCAUAUCCAAAGUCGGACAAGGUGAAAAAUGAUGCGAUUCCUCUUCCACGGGCCAUUUGUAGGCUUCUCUACGUGUUGUGCAAAAUCAGGGGAGAAAAAGUGAUCUCCCGCUUUUUUGACCAUCGGCCAAACCUUCUCGAGCCGAUGCUAGCAGCAUUCGAAGCCUGGGGAAAGCAAACACGCCUCACUGGUGAAGAUGACUCUCAUCCAGCAAUUGUACGAUUGACAUGGGAAGAGAAGUAUAUCAUGCUUCUCUGGCUAUCGCAGCUGCUACUGGCCCCUUUUGAUCUCGCCAAUCUAUCUUCCGCGGUUGUUACGGCACAAUCUCUUGAAGGACAUGGAAUUGUUUCCUUUAAGCUGCCUGAUAACGUGCCAUAUAUUGCAGUCCGCACACUUACAUUGGCCCUAGAGCACCUACCGUCCGCUGGCAAAGAGCGGGAAUCAGCGAAGACUCUUCUUGUCAGGCUGACAGUGAGGCCGGAUAUGAACAAGCUGGGUCUCUCAGAAUGUGUCAUCCGGUGGGUAAUGGAAACUCUAACCUCCCGUGGAGACUCAAGCGGAACCAACCCAUCCCUUUAUGAAGCCGUGGGCAUCCUUUCCUUCUUGGCGGGUGUCCUUGCGGCGGGCGAAAAAGGGAUCGUAAGCCCAUUCAUUGUGCCCAUAUAUCGCAGCGCAUUUGCUAUUGCUACGGACGAUAAAUCUUACGGCUACCUUACGGGCUCAGCUCUUGGGAAAAGGAUGAUAAUCAAACUCCUUCGUACUAUUGCCAUCUUGACACUGCGUCCAGAAACCCGCUCUGCAGGCGGCAUCUCAGAAGAGACGGUCUCAAGCAUUUUGGAAGAUACAAUUGACUACUUAUUGACGUCAUUAGCUGCGGCUGAUACGCCAAUAAGAUUUGCGGCAAGUAAGGCUUUGAGUCAAAUCACAUUACAACUCGAUUCAGACAUGGCAGCAGAAGUUGUUGAAGCAAUAUUGGGGUCACUGAACGAAGACGUUUUGGCAAUGGAAGCGACGAGCUCAUCAAAUUCUGCUAACGACGACUUGCUUCGCCAGCGGACUAUGAGGAAAAGUCUGGCUACAGUCAACCCAGGGCGAUGGCACGGCUUGGUUCUCUCACUUGCACAGCUUCUGUUGCGUCGUUCGCCUCCUCAAAGCCAACUACCAGAGAUUCUCAAGGUGCUUAUGAAUGCGCUGACUUUUGAGCAACGCUCAGCGACUGGUGUAUCAGUCGGCGCGAACGUAAGAGAUGCAGCAUGCUUCGGGAUAUGGGCAGUUGUACGAGGAUAUAGUACGCAACAGCUUCUUGCAAUUGACGUGAAAAGCAUCGUCAGGUCCUUGAACAGUCAAUCUGAUAUGACUGUCUUGCACGCUUUAGCAAUAGAACUUGUUGUAUCCGGUUGCUUGGACCCAUCUGGAAACAUACGAAGGGGUUCCUCGGCCGCUUUACAGGAACUUAUUGGCAGGCAUCCUGAUACCAUCAUAAAUGGAAUACCUCUCGUUCAGGUUGUCGAUUAUCACGCCGUUGCCCUGCGCUCCAGGGCGCUAACUCAGGUUGCGUCCGAUGCUUCAAGACUCGGCAAGGUCUACUGGGAAGCUCUGUUUAGAGCAAUGCUGGAUUGGAGAGGCAUAGGCUCUCCUGACGAAGUAUCUCGGCGAAUGACGGCGAAAGCGAUAGGACUUCUGUCCGAAAUAAUCGAUGGUACAACGGCGAAGAGAAUGUUUGCAGAUAUUACCUCUGUGCUUGGAGCAUUGCGAUCUACGGAAGUCGAGGAAAGACAUGGACUUUUACUUGCACUUGCUUCUUUGCUAGACUCUGCGAUCUGGCAAAAAUAUAAUGAUCAAAACCUUUCCGACGCAGAGCUCUCUUCAUUGCUUGGAAGAGACUUUCCAAGUCAGAUCCUGAGUCAGGUUUCUGCUUUGCCUGAAAAUGACUUUGUUGCGUUCAGUAGGCGCCCUGAACUGACUGCGGAGGCAUCAUGUGUGCUUGUCUCUUCGCUUCUUAGAAGAUGUCAGUUGCUACAACUCAGCUUAAGUGACGAGGACUUUGGUGCUUGUCUGCGGAUCAUAUCCCUAUCACUACCCAGAUCCGAUGAAGUGACCAUCACAUCCACCUCGACGGCCGCAAGGAAUCUUUUCAGCGUCUUAAAUUCGCAAAGGAGAUCCGACCUCGUCAGACAAUGGAUUGAUCUCCUUGUCAAUGGGAAGAAGUCUGUGGUGACUCCCAGUGGACAUCUUGCAUCGCUUGGUGCUGUCUUUGCCCUUGUCUCGGGCGAUAGAGGAGAGGGGCUCUCAAAAGAUCAAAAUGACAUCCUCAAUGCCAUAUUGUCUUACUGCACUGAAAAUAUAGCUGUUGAGUUUAGAGUAGCAGCACUGCAAAGCCUUCGAAACGGAGUAAUCAAGAGCAAAACGAUCACAUCUGCUAUUGUUGAUGCACUGCAAGCAUCCCUUAGAGAUUACUCUGUCGACCAGAGAGGCGACGUUGGAUCCUGGGUAAGGUUAGAAGCUGUAGAUGCAGUCUGCGAAGCGUGGAAGCACCAGCUGCUUUCCGAUGCAGCCCAACGACUUCUGCUGCCUGAGGUUUGCCGUCUGGCAGGAGAGAAGCUUGACAAGGUUCGAUAUCGAGCCUGGCUAUGUCUAAGAGAACUGGCGGCCCUACAUUCUAGUACCCAUGCUCUUAGCCUUUUCAAUUGUUCAUCUCCGGACCUUGCAUAUGUCUCGACCGAGACUUACUUCAGUCAGCUACUUCAAUUGCUUUUAUCGGACAUAUGCGGGUUAAGGUUACCCUUGCUCGAAGGAAUUUUUAUCUCUGCUGGCGGAGGAUAUGAAUCACUCCUUCGGGCGUCGCGAAACUCUCUUGCAAAAUUUGUGUACGAGCUUUCCGUGGAAGGUGGAGGUUAUAAUCUGGUGGAAUUUUGCAAAGAUAUCAACCAGGUGAUAAAGACAAAUCUCUCAAACGAUCGGGUCCUCAUACCUAGCCUCGAUGUCGUCUCUUAUCUCUUCGAUACCGGCUCUCUUCAAAGAGCUUCGGAGGCUAGGGGAGAAACAGGGUGGCGCGCUCUUUUAUCGCUCGUGCAAAAAGCUCAUUAUAAAUCUACUAACAUGCCGAAACUAUCCGCUGCCAUACAAGUGUAUGCUGGAUUGGGUGAAAUUCCGGCAAUUAAACAAGAGUCGCUUUCUAAGUUGUUGAGUUUACUAUUACAUCCGUUUCCACUGGUUCGUAAUAUGGCGGCUGAAAUAAUAUUCACGACACUGCUUCCGGAUUCACAAGUCAAUACCUGCAGCGCGGAGCUUCAGCGCACCAAUUGGUCUGCCUCGCCAAAGGAGCUUAAAGAAAGAGUCAACAAGCUUAGAGCUGCAUUAAUAGAGACGCGAUAA